AUGAGCGAUUCAAAAACAGUGCCUGUAACCGCACAACAAUUGAAGACUUUUUUAGAAGAAGCACCACUUAUGUACAAAUCUCGACUUCAUAAGGGCGCACAGAAGCAUAUUUUAACUAAUUGUUAUCGCUCACUAUGGGGUAAUGAUCAACAGCUGAUGCAAAAAUAUUUUUUUGAAGAUAAUUUGUCAGACAGCGACAACCUUUCUCAACUGCUCGAGAAAUAUAACUUGUUCCGUCCUGAGCUUAACGAUCAAAUCGAGGGGGGAGAUGACGAGAAUCCGAUUACCAGUCAGCGUGGAAAGCAAUGUGGGCAUUUGUUCAAAAAGGGGGAAAGUGUCUAUCGCUGCAGAAAUUGUGGACAUGACGAUACAUGUGUUAUGUGCUCAGACUGCUUUCAUGCAACCAACCAUGACGGUCACGACGUUAAAAUUUGGAUAAGCCGUGGGGCAGGCGGUUGUUGCGAUUGUGGUGACCCUGAAGCAUGGAAGAUACCCUUAAACUGUGCCAUUCAUUAUUCUAUGUCAUCAAAAACAGAUGAUGCAACUGAUACUGCACAACACCAAUUAGAACCUUUAUCAUCCGUUCCUACGAAAAUCAUUGAUUCAGUACGCGACACUAUCACAGUUGUGCUUGAUUACAUUUUGGAAACUUUCGCUACUUCAACAGAAGAUGUUACUUCCGCCGGCAGUAUUUCAGACCUCAUAGCCGACAGAUUUGAUUCACAUAGAGCACUAGGCAUACCCACAAAAAACGUCGAACCAAGCUACGUAUGUAUAUUGUGGAAUGAUGAAAAGCAUUCUUUCGACGCCGUCAUUGAUAUAGUUGUGGAAGCAAUUGGGUGCACAAAAGAAGAAGCAGCUCAUGUUGCUGAACAAGUAGAUGCUUAUGGAAGGCACAUUGUAAAAGAAUCCUCUAACCUUCAAGAGCUUAUAAGUAUAGCAAAUACGAUCAGUGGAAUCAAUCUAGCUGUCACUAUCUGUUCAGCGCAAAAAGUAGUCCGAGAAGAAAUUUCAGGCUUAUUGUUAGACUGGCUCAAAGAUUUGAUAAGCAGCAAUUAUAAGUUUUUCAACAAUGUGGAAGGUGGAAAUUGCAUUAUUAGAGAUACCAUUUGUGAAGUGCUUUCAGCCGAUUGGGCGCUACGUCCCGAUCUUGCUUGGCUGUCGACUCGUUUUAGACGACAAAGGAUGCCAGAGGACGAGGAUGAUGACUUUGAAAUGGAAGACGAGGAUGUGGAUAUGGAUGAAACAGAAGAUGUCGAAGACAUCAUGUUUGGUGAGGGAGCAGAUGAGCUAGAUGAACAAGAAGUCCUGUUGGACGACGACCAAGUUGAAGAUUUUUUCGUGAGAAUAGGUGCUGACAUUGAUGAAACUGAAAUUGACGACCAUGUUUCUGAACAUGAAUCAAGUGAAUACCAAGAAGAUUCAGAUGAUUCAGAGCUACUAGCGAUGGCCGUUCGGAUUGACCACAAUAGUUUGAUAACACCGACUCAACAGGAAACAGUUGAACAAGACUCAUUGAUGGAGACAGAUGAAUUGCCUAAUGAUCGAACCGCAACACGAAAUACAAACCGCAGAAGGGAAAGUCAGACCGGCGAAAGUAGCCAUCAUGCAGCAGCUUUCCGUGAAGCCCACGAUCAAUUGACAGAAUCUUUUUUGAAAAGAAGACGACUAUCAUCUUCUUCUCAUUCGAAAGGUCAAAAAUCACACAAACGUCAUGAUAUUUUGGAUAUGAAUUGGAAUUUGGAUGCAUGGCUUAAAUAUGUGGAAAACAUCUUGGCGGAGGAAAGAGAUCUUUUGCAAAAGCUGAACCUUCCAUUUGAAGACCGAAUACUUGCCAGUACAGAUACGUCUAUAACUCAGCAAAUUCAUGAACAUCUCAAGAAAGAGUUUAGGCGUAAAUUGCGUUUAGAUUAUCUUUUACAGUUCGAUUUACGUCUUUGGAAAACAGCGCGUGUCAGCAUUAAAGAUUUGCUUAUUGGUACCUUCAAUUCGAAUUUUGAAUAUAGGCCAGUACUUGGCACAAGAUUUGCUCGUAACUACCCAGAAUUGAUUGAUGCGUUCUUCUUCAAGGACCGAGAACCAGAAAAUUCAGUUACAACUAUGUCUGUUCAACUGUUAACAGUCCCAACAGUCGCUACAAUGCUUGUAAAAGAGUAUAGAUUUUUCGGUAUCAUUUGCUCAAUCCUGGAGCACUUUUUCUUAACGGACCAUAUCUAUAUGCUUCAUCCGGAGAACUAUACUAGAGCUCAAGUCGAUUGUUCAUCCAGAGCUAUUGCACGUCAUAGAUAUGCUUACACAAUCUACGAUUUGCGAUAUUUGCUCAACGCUGAGCAGGUGAAAACGGAAAUCACCAAGAAUCCUCUGUAUCUCAGACAUUUUCUCGAUAUCUUAUUCCAAUUUCAAGGAAUGGAUCCCUUAGAACGUCAAGCAAAUAUACACGUUGAAUUUGAAUCUCAAACUUGGGUUACAGCCUUCAAUAUGACGCUUCAGACAUCUAAACUUUGUAGACUUUUUGCUGGUUGUCAUGGUGUCUCUAAUCUUUCUGUUGUAGAUGCUUCUCGUGAUUUAUGCCGUUCGAUAUAUCGUGUUUUGAAAGAGAUCGCAGAUUGGCAGCCUACUCGUUCGCCUUACAAAAAUGAGCCAAUAGAAGAUACACGACCUCUUGUCCGUGGCUUAAAUGAACAGAGGUUCCAUCAAGUGACCAUUAUUAACGGCGGAACGUACGAAGUUGUUGAAUAUGAUAUCGCUACCCAACCCGUGUCUUUCCAUCAUCCCUUUCAUUGGUUGCUAUCGGAACUGUUUGAAAACGUUACACUUCUUCAUGAUGGCGUACUGAAUGAAAUUGGCUGGUUAGGCGGCUUCAAACAGAUGGUCAGCAGUGCUUUGGAUUGCAAAGAACAUGACAAGUUUUUACUUGCUUUAGAGUAUCCAAUCAGAACGCUUGCUUUGCUUUCACAAAUCAAUUGUGGUGUAUGGGUGCGAAAUGGCUUCAGCGUUCGCAAUCAGGCUCUUUCCUAUAGAGACGUUAAUGUGAGGGAAAGUACGUUGGACUGUGAUAUUUAUUUACUUCAAAUUGGCCUCACAGUGUGUGAUAGCAAUCAAUUUCUCGCGACAUUGAUGGACAGAUUCCAGUUAUUGGAAUGGUUUAAAGGAAAACAACCGAGAGAUUCAAUCUAUGAUGCUAAUCAGCUUGUCUUUAUGAUUGAAGACUUUCUCUAUUUAUUGAUUGUGUGUGCUACGGAGCAUGGCUAUGCUUCAGGUGCCACCAUUGAGCAACGGGUUCGCCAAUCUAUUAUCCAAUACCUCAGCAUUUCUAAUAUGGCUUACUCUGAAUUGUUGAAAUUGAUACCCGAGAGCUUGACAGAACAUGAAUCGUUCGAGACUCAACUUAAUAUGCUUGCUAACUUUAAGCCACCCGAUGGUUUGAAUGAUAAGGGGCUUUACGAAAUCAAACCGGAAUACAUUGACGAGAUUAAUCCUUAUUACUGGCAUUACAGCCGUAAUCAACGUGAGGAAGCCGUGAAUGCGCUGAGAAGAAGGUAUAACGAGCAACAUCCGGACGACAAACUUAGUGAUAAAGAUGAAUUCUUAUUGAUUCCGAGAAUCAAACGCAUCGAAGUUGGUCCUUUCAAGCACAUUGGUAAUUUCUUGCACUCCCACGCUUUUUGCCAAAUUGCUGCUUUCGCACUCUGGAAUUCCAAGUUUCACAAGGAAUCCAAAAAUGAUACCAUCCUGGAUGAGAUUUUGUAUCUCUGCAUGCUUGCCGUAACAGAUCCAAAUAGUUCUGCCAGUGAGGUUAUUUCUAUGAAAGCAAAAGGUAAAUACAGAGCCGAUGUUUUGAUGGAUGAGGCCGCCACGCAACACUUUAUCAAUUUUGCUGAGACAGAUGAGUAUCCAAUCCAAGUCAAUGAGAUUGAAAGAGUGCAUGCCACUCUGUUGGUUAUUUUGCUACGCUGUUUGGAUGAUUCUUCGUUAUCACAUAUCCAUAAGCGAUUGAGAUUCAUUGUUGAUAAGAUUGAAUAUUACGGCUCUGAUAAUGCAAAGGGUAUUAUUGCUGAAUGGAAGGACAAAAAAUCCAACGAGGUCGGAACCCAUAUGGACGGCAAAGGAGAAGGUGGAAUGUCUGAAUUUGAGCGCAAGAAGGCCGCAGCGAAAGCUCGACAAGCUGCUAUUAUGUCGCAAUUCGCGAAUGCUCAGUCAAAGUUUUUGGAGCAGCAUGCAGAUCUUUAUGAUACAUUUGGCGAAGAUGAGGAUAGCACUGAAGGAUAUGAUGAAACAGCAGAAGUGAAUGACAUGGCGAUGGAUGAUGCUGCUGAUGCAGAAGUUGUUCGAAAAUGCCAUUUCCCUGCUGAUAACUGUAUUGUUUGCCAAGAAGCAUUCGAUGAUAGUAAAAUAUACGGUAUGUUGGCCCUGGUUCAGCGAUCCAACUUUCAAAGAAAGGUCCCUCAUGACAGUAAGGAUAUAAUGAUGGACAUUUAUGACGCUGCUUGCCAUUCAAAUCCUUAUUGCUAUGAGAACAAAGCGAGCGACAAGUUGCCUCCUUUCAGCGGUUUUCCAACGGUGGAGCAUGCCUCAGGUUUGGAUAUAACAUCGUGCGGGCAUCUGAUGCAUUCAGAAUGUUUUGAUACAUAUCAAAAGUCGGUGGAAAAUCAGUUGUUCGGUGAACUGAGCCGUCUUUUCCCACUUUCUUUGUCGCCUAAAAGCCGAUUCCUUUGUCCACUCUGUAAAGCUCUCGGAAACGUGCUCAUUCCUGUGGUUUGGAAAGGAAAGAAAGAGUCUUAUCCCGGUGUUGUUGCGCCGUCCGGUGCCUAUACUGAUUUGAGGAAAAAUAUGGAGGAGGUUGCUGCAGAGUUGAAACAGAGCUUUGAGCAAAUCCCCGGUGCUUUCGAGGAAGGAAAACCUUUUGUGAAUGAUGACCCUAAUCUCGUUAUUAGUGAUCAAGGAAAGCUGCAACAAAUUUACACUCAAUUGCUGCGGAUCAUGCAUGUUACAAUGAAAAGAAAUAGUACAGAGCGCCCGUUAAGCAUGCCUUAUUCCAUCCGUAAGUUGCAGGACAUGAUUGCUUAUACCAUUGGUGACCUUGAAAUAGCACAGCGGCGUACGGCAGGUAUACGGACUCGCGACUUAACUGUCGAGCAUACAGACACAUUUGUCGAUGUUGUCUCUCGUAAUUCACAAACUCUUCUCAAAAUUCUAACGUUGACCAGCAAUCUGGUUCCUAAACUGAUGAAUUCGCCUUGGUUAGCCGAUGACCUUUUCGCCAAAGAAAGAUUGGCCUUACAAUCUAUCCAUCAGCUUAUGCCAAACACUGUGACACAUUCGGUUGAGGAUACGGCAGAAGCUGAUCAUUUGAAGCCUCUUCUCAUGGAUGAUUCAUUCAAGUCUUUGGUUCGCCUAACCUUAUCCUUACAGGAUAUGCCAGCAGUCGAGCCUCAUCACCUGCUUCGUGCUAUUUACCUUGCUGAAUUGACAAAGACUGUUAUUGCUAUCGUUCGAUGGGUCCUUGAAAAUAAUAGGCUUCUCUCUCAACGAGAACUCAUGGAAAGUUUACAAAAGCUCAAUCAUGAGAAGCAGCAAUAUGAACAUAAUGAAACUCUUCAAAGAUUUACAAGAUAUGUGUUUUCGCUACUUCCUUACGCUCCUGAUCAAGUUGAUAAGUUCUUCAGCAUCGUUAACACGGGCGCGUUUGCUGCACUUAUCCGUACGUUUACUUUGCCAUUUUUACGUCAGUCAUUGCUAUUCAUGAUUGUUCACCAUGGCUUUAUACCUCAAAGCCUCUCUGAUGACAGUGCAGAACAAAAUGAAUACGAUAGGCUGAUAGACCUGUUACGAUUACCAGCCAUAGAUACCAUUUUAGACCCGGAAGAGAGCGAUAAGACAGUGAUCGAGGGUUGGUGUCAAAAUUACGUUGAUGAUAGUCAAAUGGCGAAUGCUAUGAGUAGUAGCCAGCUGAAUGCCACAUGCAGACCUAUCUAUUUGAAGCUCCCCACACAAUACCGAAUGACCACUUUACCUUAUCGCUUAGAUCAAUUAUUAGACGAAAGCUCCAAGCGCGUUUGUAAAAAGUGCAAAACCGUGCCUGAGCAUUCAGCUAUUUGUUUGAUUUGUGGUACUUUUGUGUGUGCUCGACGAUUCUGUUGCACCGAGGAUAGUAAAGGCGAAUGUAAUACACAUAUGAGAAGCUGUGGAGGUGAAAUCGGUAUCUAUUUAAUGAUCAAAGAUUGUUUCUUAUUACUAUUGCACGAUAAUGGUGGAACAAUUAUGAACGCACCGUACUUGGAUAGUCAUGGAGAAGCCGACAUUUUCCUCAGACGGGGAGCGCCUCAAUUUUUAAAUAGUAGACGUUAUGAACAAAUUCAUCAAAUGUGGUUAACGCAAUCUAUACCAGCCGUUGUCAGAAGAAGAAUGGAAGUAUCCUAUAAUGGAACAAUUUGGGAAGCUUUUUAG